CCGACACCGACGAGUGCAAUUAUUAAUGCAGUUCUGUGGAUAAAUAUUGCAGACUUUACAUUUAAAAUUGCAACGUCUUUGUUACUUAAAAGUAAAGGUGCCACUUUUGCACUCCCAUUCCUGACUUCUAUAACGUCCCAAGUUGGAGAUGCUGUCAGGCUCUGGGAGUUUACGAGAAUUUUAUUUAUCGGUUGUCAUUUUCAGGAAAGUCAUUUCGCUGUCUUUGCAAAGCAAAUGGAAAUCAGACGUUGCAGUCUUUUAUCUGUGCAUUAAGUAUGUGGCAGGGCGUUUCUAACAGUUUCUGUUAAAUUCUGUUGUCUGGCUGCUCCUGUCCUGGAUACCCCUGCGUCAACCUUUUUCCUGUUUUUGCACUGUUAUCAGCUGCGUGCAUCUUCUAUUUAUCGCCACCCAGUCUCAGAGCUGAGUUAAUUUUGAUGUUGCUGAGUCGGUGACAGACACCAGGCUGGGACUGAAGCGAGGUCCUUUUUUUCACAAAUGGACCUAUUGUAGAGAAGACGCCGGUUUCUUAUUGUUUGCAAUCGCCGACAGUAUCCUGUUCUCACGGUCUCGCUCCACUUAGCUGCUAUUUUUUAACGUUUUCAACAAACCAAGAGUGGCGAUGGCUCGCGGUCUCUCCGCAGCUCCUCACUGACCCGCCAAUCGCGGCGCCCUCUGCCGGCCGACAGGAGCGCGCCAGCUGCAACAACAACAGCAACAACAACAAGCAAGUGAAUUAGGAUGGAGACGGGUAGGCAGCGCCCCGCAGCGUACAUGGGCUACAGCUACACGGACCCGGACAUCAUCCUGCAGCAUUACAACUAUACUGGCAAGCUGAGGGUCAGCCCUGGUGGCCCAGCGGCCGGUCUCACUGUCUCGUCCAUCUUCUUCAUUGUCAUCUGCUGCUUCAUCAUCCUGGAGAACCUCAUGGUGCUGCUGGCCAUCUGGCAGACCAAAAAGUUCCACCGCGCCAUGUACUACUUCAUCGGCAACCUGGCACUCUCGGACCUGCUGGCCGGCGCUGCCUACACCGUCAACAUCCUGCUGUCGGGCUCCAACACCUACAGGCUGACCCCGGUGCAGUGGUUCCUGAGGGAGGGCAGUAUGUUUGUGGCCCUCGCUGCUUCGGUGCUCAGCCUGCUGGCUAUUGCCAUAGAGCGCUACCUGACCAUGCUGAAGAUGAAGCCACACAGCUCAGGGGGCAGCUCCCGGGUCUUCCUGCUCAUCAGCGGCUGCUGGCUCCUGUCCGUGCUCCUGGGUGGCCUGCCCAUCAUGGGCUGGAAUUGCCUGCAGGGUUUCACGCACUGCUCCACUGUGCUGCCCCUCUACCACAAGCACUACAUCCUGUUCUGCACCACCGUCUUCAGCUUCAUCCUGCUGGCCAUCGUGCUGCUCUAUGCCCGCAUCUAUGUCCUGGUGCGCUCCCGCAGCCGCAGCUUCACCUUCCGCAAGGACCUGCGCUCCAAGAGCAGCGAGAAGUCCCUGGCGCUACUCAAGACAGUGAUGAUCGUGCUGAGCGCCUUCAUCGCCUGCUGGUCUCCGCUCUUCAUCCUCCUGCUGCUCGAUGUGGCGUGUCAGGCACGAGGCUGUCCGGUGCUCUACAAGGCCCAGUGGUUCCUGGCCUUGGCCGUGCUCAACUCAGCCAUGAACCCGGUCAUCUAUACGCUGACCAGCCGGGAGAUGAGGCGGGCGUUCUUCCGCCUGCUGUGCUGCCUGUGUCACCGCGGGCCGGCCUGGCGGCACAAGCCCCCGCUCACCGUCGCUCUGGAGUUCAGCCCCAGCAGGUCGGACAACUCAUCUCAUCAGCAAAAGGACGAGUGCUGCACGCCUGAGACCCUGUUGUCCUCAGGCAACGUUAACUCCUCAGCAUGAGGGUGCAGGGGAAGCUGCAACAGAGGUGGGGGAGCAGACAGUGAAGAAGGGUGGGACGGUCAGAACGCAACUACUCUGCUGGACACGGCCAAGUCAUAGCUGCUCAUCCUCUCAACCUCUGGUGUUGAAAUGUAAUCCUCACCUUUUACACCAAUAAAAAGGCAAAGACAUUGGGACCAAGCACUGGAGUUCAGAAAUUUUGUCUUAUUACUCCAACAUGGGAGAGGUCCCUUUUUAAAAAAAAAUGCAUGGACAAUCUUCUUCUGGACCUUUGAAAGGAGAUAAAUUCUAUUUUAAGAGAAAAGUACCUACCGAGACCUGGUCUGCUUCAGGAUUUUAUGUCUCAAGACAGUAUCGUUCUUUGGGAGUCAUAGUACCGAACAUGCAGAUCUUUGGAUUAGUUGCCCAGAAUCUAGGGCUAAUGAUGGGAUGCAGAGCAUUUCAUGAAAAAACAGACAUGCCCAACUGCUUGGUCUCCGAAUGACUUUGGUGAAGUUACUUUCUGUAAAGACUGAGUAUUUUAGAGAUGCCUUAUAGAUUCUACUGUACAUGUAUUAAAACAAACAUUCAAAUGCAUUAUGUAAUGUAAGAUAAGAAGAAUAUAGUAUCAAAUUGUUGAAAAUUAAGGAUAUUACUAACUAGUCUCAACUGUAUCAUUUUGAAUGUAUCAAGUUGUCAUUCCAUUCUUCAACCAUACAAUAUUAACCUCUUCAUUUAUUAAUUUAUUAACAUUUGUGAAAUUUAAACUACAACUUUUCCAGAUUUGUUGCAUAGCAUUACAAUGAAAGGUUACAUUUUAGACACUUGACUGAACAAAAUGAUUUGUCUAAAUUAUUCAACUUUUGUAAUUAGGGAUUGACACAAAGUGGCAUGUUUUAUUCCAAACUGCAAAUAGAAUUUUUCAACAAAUAAUGUGAAAAUGGCAUUCAUGUGAAAAUGCACACAAUAUAUGUAAAUACAUAUUCCUUUUAAUUCAACAAUUGUUUUGAGAUUUUGUUUAUUUUGAAACAUCUUUUACACCAGUACAACGCACCAAUCAAUCAAUUGUUCGCUCAGAUUUGUUUAUUAAAAUUGGGGCAUCUUAUCAACAUGACUUAUUUGGCCUGGUGGGAUAAAUUGGGAAAAUCAAGGCCAGGGAUUAUCAUAUUAAUGCCUUCUUAUAUUUGUAGUUCAUGGAGUCCCAUCUAAAAGUUAUUUCUGAUAAUUCAUUCAAAUUUUCCACUUACAGAAAAUUAGCCAAUUAUUGGAAUUAAAGAAUGCAAACCAUAAGUGACAUUAUGUUUUAUUAAUUUAGAAAUCUUAUUCUUGUUCAGAUCCAUCUCUUUGGUAUUUCUGUAAUAGUUUGAUGUCCAAAAAGCCUAGAAUGUUAGUUUUUUGUUGGGAAAAGAUUGUGUAUAGGAGUAAAUUCUUAAUAAAAUUAUACAACAUGAUUAAUGAACUCACACUUAAAGAACUGUAGUUUUGAUCUCCUUACCUGAGGAAGAACACACUUGCCCUAAAGAAAGGGCAAUGAAAGUUCAUUGGAUUGGAUCUGGAGGGCAAUUGCCCGAAGAGGGGAGAUAAGAGUAGACGAGAUAUUGUCCUGGAUCACAAAGUGUAUCCAAGCUGUUCUUCGGAUUCAGUUAAAUAUAGUUAAGAGAAGAUUCAACAACACAAAUUUACUUAAAUAUGAAUGUUUAUUAAGUAAAUAAAAAGAAAGGAAAACUUAACAAUAAGCUUCAUGUCCUGCUGCCUGUCAGGAACCCUCACUUGAUAGCUGGUAUGGAGACUUAGGUUUGUUCCUGGCACCGUUUGUGAUCCCAGUCUGUGGUGAAGUCCAACUUGGAACAAUACUCUGUCUCUUAUACAGUGUAACUAACAGCAAGUACUGAAAAACAGGUGGAUUGUGCUGUGUUCAGCACAUACAGCAAUAUCCACAGGACCCAUUCAAGGUCAUGCAGCUGUCCAAUAUCAUCAUCAAUUUUAGCAUACCCAAUACAGAUAUAUAUUCCCUGUCGUUUAGAAAAAGUAAAGAUUAACAAAUUGAAAUCUGAAAUUCUACAGGGGCUUACAGCAUAGAUAUUAAGGAAAUAUUUUAUCUGGUUGGGGGACCUAGAGUAUGGGGUCCCUCCCAGAAUACGGGUUAUACCAUUUAGG